AUGUGGACACCUACAGAAUGUCAUGGCCUGCUUGCCUGUCUGCCUGCCUGCUUGCCCGUGGUGCCUGCCUCUGCCGGCCUGCUUGCCCCUGGUGCCUGCCUCUGCCGGCCUGGCACUUGGGAACAGACUGGCACUACGGCACUAUGGCACUGUUCCCUACGUUCCCUUCAGUGCCAGAGGAGCAGAUACGGUCACUCCCCUUGUGUCCUGACCCUCCUUCACCCCUGUCGCAGUGGAGAUGUCCCCGCGUGUGAAGAAGAUAAGGAGCGGGUCUGUCCUGCCGCCCUUGGGUGUUCCCGGCCCCGCCCCUCGCGUGACCCUGACCCAGCAAACACAGGGUCACCCCAACACGGCCUGAAGAUCACUGGCUGCGCCGCGAGGAGAGCUGAGCCUGGGUAUCUGAAGGCCGCCGCCAGUGUGCCGCAUCCCAGCCAACCUGCAGCAGAAAGUGUCGCCCCGGCACGCCAGCCUGGAGAGCACGGGAGGGCAGUUGUGCGCACGUACCCAAGCAGCCCUAGACAAGCGGUACGCGGCUUCCUGUGCGUCACCAGGGCCGCUGCAGGGCACGAGGCGCACCACACAGCGUCCUCUCUCCGGCGGCCCUUGAAGGUCACGCUGCCCGCUCCGUGGAAAUAUGGCGACGAGUACCCCAGGGCGCUUGUCCCCCUUCCCCCGGCCCCUAUCCCUGAGUACGCCCCGCCCCACCCUGACCACGGCCACGCUCGUCCCCACAGACCACCUUCAGUACUGCGUCACCGCCGACCCCGUCACCUUCAGGAUGGAAGGACCGCAGAAGGACGCCUGAUGCAUCCCCAAGGUGAUGCCUCCCCCACCUCUCACCACCCUACCCAGCCAUGCGCCCCUCCACGCCCACACGCCACCUCACCUCCACUGCAGCAGCAUCCAUCACCAGGUCAAGUCCACUUAGGGCAACAAUAUGCCAGAGGCGCCUUACAGCUGCCUUCCUGUUCUGAUGCUCUCAAUGUCUGGGGAAGGAUAUCAAGCAGAGUAUCAACAAACGCUACCGAGAAGGACACCGCAGGAUACAACUCACUAUCCUUCACAAUCCUACACCAUAUCCCUUGUACCCCACCACCUUGCCCCUUCCCGCCACUCCUUCCCAUCCCGCCCCCGCCAGCCACGCCAACAGCCAAGACGCCCACACCCCCACCCACCCAAGCCACCACUUCUGCAUGCUACCAGGAACUAUUCAAGCUUGAUGGAAUGCAGUGGUGGGAACUGUUCAAGGGCUCCACGUAUACAUGA